UAAAAAUAAAGCAUUUUCAGAAUUAUUUCUACUUAAAAAGAAGCAAUAACUUUUAAAAAUGAUUAGCAAAGCUCGCGUUUCUAGUUUAAUGAGAGUUAUCGCUGGUGGUUCCUGUAGCUGCCCGGCCCACUCGAGACCGGCAACAAGUGUCUUAGCCACCGAAACAGGAAAAGAAUAUGCCUUUGAAAUGUCCUCCUCGACUAUUCGCUACGGGCCCGGUGUUAGUAAGGAGCUCGGACAUGAUUUGAAAAAUUUAAAUGCUAAAAAAAUUUGCGUUGUAACCGAUAAAAAUGUGAUCAAACUGCCAUCAGUGAAGGUAGCUUUCGAUUCUUUGGCACAAUGUGGGCUUCAGUAUGAAGUGUACGAUGAAACUCGUGUCGAACCCACGGAUGAAAGUUUAAUUCAUGCGGCCGAGUUUUCCCGAAAACACAACUUCGACGCCUUCGUUGCGAUUGGAGGUGGCUCCGUGAUAGAUACCUGCAAAGCAGCUAACUUAUACAGUGCCGAUCGGGAAGCCGAUUUCUUGGAUUACGUGAAUGCACCUAUUGGCAAAGCCAAAGAAGUCACAGUACCGCUAAAACCAUUAAUUGCCGUCCCGACUACAGCGGGAACCGGAUCCGAGACCACCGGUGUAGCCAUUUUUGACUACAAAUCAUUACAUGCCAAAACCGGAAUAUCCAGUAAACUGCUUCGGCCUCAGUUGGGUUUGGUUGAUCCACUGCACACACUUUCGCAACCUGAGAAAGUAGCUGCUUAUUGUGGCUUUGAUGUAUUUUGUCAUGCUCUGGAAAGCUUUACCGCUGUGCAUUAUACCGAACGAGGUCCAGCUCCGACAAAUCCUAAGCUUCGGCCACCCUAUCAGGGAAGUAAUCCCAUUUCCGACGUGUGGGCUCGUUUUGCUCUUAAAGUGAUUCGAGAACAUUUUAAAUCUGCCGUUUUCAAUCAAGACGAUCUUAAGGCCCGUUCCAACAUGCACUUGGCAUCCGCAAUGGCAGGCGUUGGAUUUGGGAAUGCUGGAGUUCACCUGUGCCAUGGUUUAUCUUAUCCGAUUUCCGGAAACGUGAGAGAGUUUAUUCCUACGGGGUACGAUCGUGAUCAUCCGAUUAUUCCGCAUGGCCUAUCGGUAGUGAUGACGGCACCAGCGGUUUUCAAAUUCACUGGACCCUCGUGUCCCGAAAGACAUCUGGAAGCUGCUGAGAUUCUUGGAACUGAUAUAACCAGGGCAAAGCGCGACGAUGCUGGAAUUAUUUUAGCGGAUACGGUUAGAAAAUAUAUGCACGAUAUGAAGAUCGAAAAUGGUCUUUCAUCGCUUGGUUUUAAAAGCGACGAUAUUCCGUCUUUGGUGAAAGGAACACUGCCACAAGAACGAAUCACCAAGCUGGCUCCACGAGGCCAGACAGAAGAAGAUUUAGCUAUACUCUUCGAAAACUCAAUGUCCGUUUACUGAUUAUUCGGUUUAAGAUUUAAGUUUCUAUGCAUUUAUGUAACAAACAGGUGACAAUGUCUGAAAUUAAGCUUUACUAUCAAUUUCACACUAUAAAAUAAACAA